GAUAAAUGCGGAAAUAGAGAAGCAUUGCGAGAAACUCUCCGCGGAAAUAGCGAAUCUCCAAGCGAUGAACGAGUCUCUUCAAAACGAGAACGUCACUCUGACCGUGAGCGUUUCGACUCUGCAAUCUCAAAUCAACUCGUUGCAGACCCAACAGACCGCUUUGCAAUUGGCUAAUAGCCAACUAGUGGCCGAAAAGGACGAGCUGAUGAAAAAGCAGCAGAUCCAAAAUACGCAGCACGACACUCUGCUCUUGGACCAAAUGACUUUGAGGUCGCUUCACGAACAGCUGAGUACCGAAUACGAACAGGCGAAAAACGAACAGGAGAAUCUCAAAAAGGUGUCGAGAGAUUUGCGGUCGGAGAUCAGGAACAUGAAAGAGAAGAAUAACUCUUUGCAGAGCAGAAUAGCGAAUUUGGAAAUCGAAAAGGAGACAUUGAAAAACGAAACGAAGAAUUUGGCGCAUUUGAAAGGGGAACACGUGAAACUAAAAGACGAUUUCCGAAAUUUGUUCACCGCCAGCGAUAGGAUGAAACAAGAAUACAAGGCUGUUCAGGAGGAAUUGAAAAACCUCAAAAUCGAGUCGAGGAAUCUUAGAUUGGGACAGACGGAAAUGCAAGGGGAACUCAACUCUAGAUCGGACAGAAUGGCGGGGCUUCAGUUGGAAAAUGCAAAGCUACAGCAAAAAUGUGAUAUGCUUUUCGAGAUGAACCAUUCAUUAGAUUCUGAUAGAAGAGCCCUUAUGGAUCAUGUUUCUCAGCUACUAUCACAAUACCAUUCGCUUCUGACUCAUUCUUUGGAAGACAAGCAACACUACCAUAUCGAAGAGAAAUUGUACACUGAUAAAUUGAAUAACUUGUGCAGGCAGAAAGAAAAGCUCGAGGAGAAAAUUAUGGAACAUUAUAGGAAGUUGGAUAACGCUUCAUCCAAAAAAAAGGGAUUCGGAGCAACUUUGGUGCGGCGAGUCAGAAAGGCGGGAUCGGAUAUAAUAAACAAAGUGCCAAGCAGGCAGAACCGCCGUUCCUGGCACGAAGACGCGGUCUCUCAAAUGAGCCACUCCCAACUGACGCUGUUGCGAGACAGAAACAUCCCGAACGCUCCCGGUUCCGGUGCGGACUCGAACUCGGACAACAGCGACAACACGGAAGACCAAUCACCGCCGUCUAUAAGCAUGGUCGGCGGCGGGCCUUCCCCGUCUCCUUCCUCGCCCCACCACUCGCCUUUCCGAAGCAGAAACGCCCCUAGCGGGGGGAGCUUACACGGGAUCAAGCCGAGAGAUGAAGUUGCUUUGUUACGGAGGACGGGGUUGAGGGAUACUUUGCCGCAUAGGAACAGCAUAGCUGGGGAUCAGGUAUUGGCUCAUCAUCGCGGUGCAUCCGGCGACCUGUCCGGCCUGGGCUCCGUAGGGUCGCGUCGCACGGUGUACCUGUCUGAAGACGACGCCGUAGCUGCACCACCUUCCAUCCCGGCACCCGGUGAUCCCGUUGACGCUGCGCUAGAGGAACCCGCACCGGAAUCCCAGAUGCAAAAGCCGCCGCUUUUAGUAUACAAUCGAGUUUCCACGACCAUUGGGCAGAUACAGGAUACGCAGUCGCAAAGGAAGGACGAGGAACAACAGGAGAAAGAAACUGUUGAAGAGAAGAAACCGACCAGUGGCAAGAAGGAGACGACCAUUUGGUACGAGUAUGGUUGCGUCUGAAAGUCAUCUGGAUAUGAUGAAUGUUAUGAUAAUUUGAAUCUAUCUGGAAUGACUUAUGAUUCACGUGAAAAGUUGGAGAUGUUUCAAUGUCCAGAUAUAUAGUUUUUUUGAUAUUGUACAGACCAGACACUUUUCAACAGCUAUGAAUAUAUGGCUAAUGCACAAUAAUUUUCAAUUGAGCUAUGUGAUAUUUUGAAAAGUUUAGCGAAAUUAGAGCUUUGAUUGUCUGUUUUCUAGCAGGAAUGUUGCAAUAUUACAUAAUCUUUAAUAAGCAAUUGAAAAAUAUAGAAAGCACUUGGUGAUAAUACAACGACUUACAAAAGUAUUACCUGAAUAUGUAAAUGCCAUAUAUGUUUUCAAAAUUGUUUUUAAAUUUUCUUCAGAUCAGUUUGUUUUAUUCUUGUCUUUAUGACUCAAUCUCUGUUACAAAUGUAACUUUCAGUAUUUUAUAAAUCGUUAAUUAAAUUAACACCAGUGUUAUUAGUAAUUUUGGGGCCUUAGUACUUGUAAUUUCGAGAUCAGUAUUUUUGAAUUCUAGACUGUUAUUUCCUGAUUACACAAUCUACCAAUAUCUUGAGGUUACCUAGUAGAUGGUUUUUAAUUUAGACGUGAACAAGUUUCCAGGGUCAUUUGGCCAAUUUUUCUUAAUCAGCACCCACUUUUUUAACUAGGAUUUACGUAUUUAUUUGAUUUGUUAAUAUAGAGUAGAGCACUAACUAUGUUUUAUAUUACAUCCAACUUGUAUGCCUUAUUAUUAGCAAGUUGCGGGUCUAUUUAUACAGAAAUGUAUAUUUUGUACUUUUUUAUGCUUCAC